GCAGUUGAGGGGGAAAUGGAACGUGCCAGCGCAGAUGGAUCGCGAUUCGACGACGCCGCGUCUCCGCUUGUUGCCAAAUCGAAACACUUGGACUUCACGACGACGGUCCCUCGGCCGGCCCCCGAGUUUCGAGAGCACCACGUUCAGGUUCUCUUACGUCGAGGCAAAAUGGUGGUGUGGAGCAGCAUUUGGCGUAAAACUGGUCAAAAUUUGCUGCAAAGCAGCGGUUUCAGGGCGGCUUUAGUGAAGAACGAACUGGCAAGAUGUAUGUCGGAACAUCGUGUAAUGGUCAUAAAGCCGAGUCGCUUCCAGUGGCACAAGACGAAAGAUUAUUUUCACUUUUAUUUCCUGCUGGGCUUAAUCCCUGUCUGCACCGGGAUCUUUCUAGUUAAUGUCUUUGUUGGACCUGCCACGCUUGAGGAGAUCCCUGAGGGUUACAUUCCCAAAGAAUGGGAGUACCAUCGGCAUCCCAUCAAGAGAUUCCUCGCACGCUACUUCUUCCCGUCGCCGCAGGAGGAAUACGAAAAAUAUUUGCACUACAUAUACCAUGUGAACAAGGUGAAGGACGUUCGUCUUCUCGAGACGCGGAUAAAUAACUUUAUGGCCAAGAAUCGCGACUUUCGAGGACCCUACUUCAGGGAGUACUACGCCUCUAAGUAUCUGUACUCGUACAGAAAGCACAUGGACGAACAGGAUGAGCUCGAAUAAACAGUUGAAGGUGGAAUCGAUCAUCACUUCUCUUUGUGAGAACUGUUUCUGAUUAGGAAAUAUCGGGGUAAAAAAAAAGAGAUUACUCGUCCGAGUGUAGAUCAUAAUAUAUAUUUUAGAAUUCGAUUAAUUUACAUUGCCGAGUAAAGCAAGCAGCUCCAAAUCUCUGCCACUAAAUAUAUAUCGCAUUGUACAUAUAUAUAGCUGACAAAAUAAAGAGUUGGCGAGAAAAGUUUCUUUCGAAAACACGA